AUGAACAAAGCAUCAACAUCAAUAACAAACAACAUGCAACAACAACAACAAGUGAGCUUGAACACAGCCGAGACAGAGGCAUCAUCAAUGCAGCAAAUACAGCGAAGAGUAGAAACACCAAAUCCAGCGGAAAGCAUCGAAAUAGAUUCUUCCAAUGGGAAUCGGGCGUUUCAGGGCUCAUCUAGCAGCAGUAGUCUGGAGUCAUCCUUAUCGUCACCGCCUUCGAAUCUACGCAUAGCACCAGAGAGUGCACAGCACGAGGACGAAGCAAACAUGGCGUUGCACUACGGUGUGAAAGGGCAUCAAAUGACCGGUCUACUUCCAUCUUUAUCAUUGGGGUCACGCACGAAUCACCACGCGGCUUCUGGAAGAGUGCAUGGCUCUACGACUUACCAACAGGCUCGGGAUCCAGGAGGUAGAAACGGGCAAGAGACAAAGUUGGCAAUGAUGACUACCACCCAGUCUACUUCACUGAUAGCACGAUCGAAAGGCUCAUACGGAGAAGAUUCGGGAAAGGCGCAAGCAUCGCUCACCUCUGAACAGAAAAAACAUCAACAACGAGAACCAUUGAACAUGUCCGAUGGAAGCGGAAACAGUGGCAAUGUUGUCACCACAACUACUGCAACAAAUACGUCCUCCGGAGGAGAUGACCCAGAUUCCUCUUGGGGAAACGGAAUGGGUGCCAUAUCCAUGCCACAAGACGAAAGUUGCAGCGACGUUAUGAGAUUACAUCACCUUCGACAUCAAGCGAGACGCCGAGUGCUCGAGAAUGAUAGUUCGACCCUCCAAUUGCCCCGAGACGAUGGAUCCCCUAGCAAAAUUCUGAGAGGACCAUCAGCGGUGGUAGCCUCUCGCUUGCUUCCUCCAAAUUCCGACACUACCACCAAUGUAUCAUCAUCUGGCAGCGGUGGAGAAGUAGAUCCUUUCAAAGAGAAUCUCUUGAAGUCACACCGUGAGUCUGGAUACCACCCGAUGCGCAAGAGGUUUAACAAGCUUCCCAGCAGACAUGGAGAAGCAAGACAUGGACCUCAAACCUCAGCAACCGAUUCCUCUUCAUCACUGGAAGGAACAAUCGCGAGCCGAACCAAGUCUCCAGGAUCAAGUAGCAAGGCUGCAAAGCUGAAGCUCACAAGUAAAAAAACCGGUUCCCAAAGACGCGAUACAGCCGCCAUUCGAUUCCGAGAUCCAUCACCAUCACCCGACUCUGAAGGCUCCAUUACUGAAGGUGGUGAAGGAAGUUCUUCUGGAAGUGGAACAGAAGGAGGGUAUGCAGGAUCUGCUUCAUCAAACUCUGGGCAGCAAGAAUCCUCAUGUUCGUCUUCGCCAUCGGUAUCUUCGACUGAAGAGUCCCAAUUCCGCUCCAUGUCGAGGCGACACCGCUCUCGCAAAGGCCUCAAGCCCCCCAAGAGAUCUGAGAGCAUUGAGAACUAUUCGUCUUCCUCAAGCUCCGAGAUUGCCGACUUUAGUUCGGGUGCAUCCAUGCUCAAUGAGGACAAUGCUGUGGAACUGUCCAUCAAUGAUUUUGAUGAAUCAGUGCAGUCUGCAUCCCCGUCUCUUUCUUUGUCAAACGAAAGGGACGACUUGGAUGACUUGGAAGUCACAUACUUGCAUGCCAAGCGGGCAGUGGAAGAAGAUCAAGUGAAAUUUAUCAAGGCCACGACAAAGAAACGAAAGGCUGCGGAUGUCGGGACGUGGAGUCGCAAGACACCCGCCGAGUGGCCGAGGCCCGACGUGGCUGUCAUUGAUUCCGAGUCCAAACUCGAUCGACGACCUCCAAUCCUGAGUUUGGGAUCGGAUGUGAUGGCUCAGGUAUUCACCUUCUUGAACCCUCCAGAUAUCAUGGAUGUUCUAUCAAUGCCACUCUCCAAAGAUUGGCGUGAGACAGUUACUCUUCAGCCAGAACUAUGGAGAACCUUGUGUCUGGCGGAACCGUUCAAGGCAAAAAUGGAGGACUACACAGAUAGCGACACAAACGAGAAUUCCUUUGUCUCGCUGGACCGUUACCGACUUCUCUACACAUCCUUUGUGAGAUGUAUGAAGUAUCUAUCUCAAAUUCGAGAAGAUGCAUUGAACGGAAGAGAACCAACCUUCAUUGACUACGGCGGGAUUGCACAACGGGGCAGGAACAGCAAACGUGGACCACCGUUACUCUUGGGAUCCAAUCGGAAUCUUCAGCUCUUUUUGGCUCGGGCCAGGGGUGCAGUGGAAGAAGCCAAGUCGGAAGGUGUUGUUGGAGUUGCCAAAGUAUCCGCUGGUCGCACAACACCGGACAAGAGAUCAGCAGCAGGAUCCUAUCCCGAAGAUCAAAUUCAGAGAAAGAAACCCAAGCUCGCCGGAAGAUCCAUGAUCACCGAUCGCCUGCUUGGACCCUCUAAAGCUGGAGAUGUUGGAAAUCUAGCUCUCCCGUGGUCCUGCGCAAUAUAUUCUAUUGUGAACUGGAUGGUUGCUUUCCUGGAUGUCGAAGGUAUUCAAAUUCUCUGCUUGAAGGUCCUGCCGUUCUUGCUCGAAGACGAGAAGCAACGAAUGACCGCACAGCGAACUGGUCUCACGGAUGUCAUCCUCCGUGCGAUGAUUCUCUUUGACAAGAGUGAACAGCUUCAUAUUGCUGCAUUCCACACCAUUGUGCUAUUGGCGCGACCUCUUGGUGGUAAAGAAGGAAUGCUCUUCCAUAGCUCGAUGCUUGCAUCUGGCAUUUUUGGCAGUCAAACGUCACAGCACCGAAAGAAUGGAAUUGCAGUGAUGCUCGACUCGAUGCGUCGAUUUGAAGACAAUGAAAUAUUGCAAGCCAUGAGCUGCUGGGCCUUGGUGAACAUUGCGCUUGCUCCAGCUCAGAAAGCAGUACUGGUGAAGCUUGGUGGAAUCCAGGUUACUUUGAACGCAAUGUCGCGUCAUCCAUUCAACGCCGAAGUUCAGUUCCGAGCACUCUUUGCGCUGAUCAAUCUCGUCAUUCCCUCCAUAAGCUUGAACCGAACCAACUCAGACCCAAUGCAAGACCAGCUUGGCGAGACCAACAACAAAACCAACGAGAAAGAAAUCAUCGAUGGACUUGUUGGAAAGAUUGGAGUCCUUGUUGUGCGCGCAAUGACAAAUUUGUGUUCCAGUGAAGCGAUUCUGAAUCGAGCUUGCUUGGUUCUGCACAAUCUAUCUUUGACGCCCGGUUAUCAUGAAACGCUUCUGUGGACUCCAAACUGUUACCAGAUGCUGGAGUGGUGUCUUGCAAACUACCGCACAGAUCAAGUACUCCAACAGAGUGCAUCAGGAACUCUCAAUCGGCUUCAGACAACACUAUCGAACGAUAUCAGCUUGCGUACUCGAUUCGCUGAUUCUCUCAAUGCCCAGCACCGACGAUCCCUUCAACAGGCUCAUAAUGAGGCUGUCCGAAUCAACGAGCAGGAGGAACAGCUGAACGGACUUGUGCAAAUCAAUCAAGUGGAAUAA